AUGGCGAUCCAAUCCAUCCGCGCCUCCCAGCGUCUCGACUCCAGAGGAAAGCCUACGGUACAAGUGGACUUGAAAUCUUCCCACGGCACGUUUCGCGCACUCGUUCCCUCUGGCGCAUCCAAAGGGGAUUAUGAAGCGGUCGAACUUCGCGAUGGCGAUCCGUCCGCGUUCCAAGGGAAUGGAGUGACCAAGGCGUGCGACAACGUCAAUCGCAUCCUCGGGCCCAAGGUCAUCGAGAGUGGCCUGGAUCCCGCGCGCGACCUGAAGAAGAUCGAUGAGCUCAUGAUCCGACUCGACGGCUCGGCGGACAAGAGCAAGCUCGGUGCCAAUGCCAUUCUAGCUAUCAGCAUGGCGGCGGCACGAGCAGGGGCAGCCGCGCAAGCAGUCGAGCUGUACGAAUUCCUCGCGGGCGAGGGAGCAUCCCCGGUGAAUGAAUACGUCAUGCCGGUUCCUUUCAUGAACGUCUUGAACGGCGGCGACCACAGCGGCAACCCCAUGGCUUUUCAAGAAUUCAUGAUUGCGCCCACGGGAGCCGCGAGCUUUGCCGAAGCUGUGCAGUGGAAUGCUGAGACAUACGCGACGCUGAAGGGCAUUGUCCAAGACAAGUACGGCAUGGCGGCAACCGGCCUGGGCGACGAGGGCGGCUUUGCACCUCCCAUCGGCCAUCCAGAGGAAGCCUUGGAUCUUCUCGUUGCCGCCAUUGCGAAGGCUGGCCAUGAGGGGAAGAUCAAGAUCGGCAUCGAUCCCGCAUCGCAAUCGUUCUUUCAGAAAGACGGGUAUAAUCUUGGAUUCAAAACGGGCAAGCCGAACAUCCUGGAUGCCGCGGAGUUGGGAGAGUUGUAUCGUCAAUUGCUGGACAAGUACCCCAUUGUGCUCCUGGAAGACCCAUUUGGCCAGGAUGACUGGGACGCGUUUUCAAAAUUCAACGAGUCCUGCGGCGUGGAGCUGGUUGGAGACGACCUGCUUGCCACCAAUAUCAAUAGAGUCAAGGAGGCCGUCCAGAAGCAUGCCUGUAACAGCAUGCUCCUAAAAGUGAAUCAGAUAGGGACAGUGACGGAAGCAAUCGCGGCAGCCCAGGAGGCGUACUCUGCAGGCUGGUCCGUCUUCGUGUCGCAUCGUUCUGGAGAGACGACGGAUGACUUCAUUGCCGAUCUGACCGUCGGUCUCCGCACGGGGCAUCUCAAGUCUGGUGCACCUGCACGUGGGGAGCGAGUGGCCAAGUACAAUCGCUUGAUGGACAUUGAAGACGACUUGCAGCUUCGGAAGGUGUCGGUUCGUUAUGCGGGAGCGUCUUUCCGCUCAGCUCACCAUUAG